AUGGCUAAUUCUCGUAUCACAACUACCCUGCUCGUGCACGCAAAGUUUUAUGCACUUAUGCUUGCAGCGCUGGCGCACUGCGCGUACGCGCGAGUGUCGUUUAACGAGGUUAUAGAGAUGCAAAGCACUGAAAUAGGAGAGAGUAACGCCUUCAUAAACCCAAGGGGGCCGCCCUGCCUGCUGCGCGGGUUCGUGUACUCCGAACUGGCGUACACGCACAACAAGCGCUUCUUUGCUCCUGAAAUAGAAACCGACUACAAAGUGGAGCCCGUUGGGGACGAUGAAACCACAGAAGAGCACAAAUACACAAGAAACGCGCAGAAGGACAAGCUCUAUCCGUCUGCAGAGGGGUCCGCUUUGGGCUCCAAGCCUGCUGGCAAAAACUACACUGUGACGUACCACCGCACCCUCAUCGAGAUGUUUCCGUCUGUCGACGGGCACACCCUGUCGGUCGCUGUUGCCCGAGAGGACUCCUUCUUCCAGUUUCUGCAGAGAAUGCCCACCAAGAAGCAUGUGCACUACGUGCUGGCUGCGCUUCUACUGCUGAGCGAGGGCGUGGACGUGCCCAUCAAGGCCACGCAGAAAACAAUCACACUGGAGAUAGGCAGCAUAGCAUUUGAGACAGGCCGGUGCAAAAAGGCCGCACAGGUCAUAAACUUCUUCAAAGACAAUAAAGGCAAAGGAAAGCUGCCGUGCACGCAGAACGACUUCUGCACCGGCGAAUUUCUAAACACGCCGCAGUUCCUCAUCCAGGCGUACGUCUUUGAGUACAUCACGAGCAAGAGCGACGCCCUGGACUUCGCAGCGUGCAUGCACAGCAUCCUCAAAAGCCUGCCGGAAGACAGCUGCAAAGAUCUAUACAGCGCGUGCUUUGUGGAGAGCAAGGCGGAGGCCGAGGAAGACGAGCUUCUACGCCAGCUUAGGAUGGUUCAAGAAAGAAUGAAGAUUCUGGACUCGUUUCCGUUCGCCAGCCCAAGCAUGCUGCCGGCGUACACAAGCGUGCAUGCCUUCCAGAGGAGCAGCUCCGAGUUUUUGAAGGAAACAUUCAGCAACUGCGUGGAGACAGGCCUGCUUGCGCUCUUCUGCUGCCUUGCACACGACCCAGCCCAGAAAAAGUACGACGUAGGCGCCAUGCUCGGCAAGAAAAAAGAGGGUGAUAAAACAGAGGCCCUGCGCACUUUCUUCCAGUUGAAGGGCGUCACCCCAGAGGUGUGCGCCACCAAAAAAACGAUGCAGGAGUGGAACCGCGUUGUGUCUGACCUGCAGAGCGAGCACAUCGCAUAUGUAAGGCCCAGCCGAAACGAGGUGCGCUCCGGAAUUUCUAAUGUUCUUUACGUUGUGACAGAAAUAACAGGCAAACGAAAGGAGGAAGAGCCAAGGAUACGCAAGCUUGCGCAGAUGCUAGAAGACUCUGAGAUUGGCAAAGCCUCUGAGGACGUGUUUGAAAAAACACAGGAGUACGUGGCAGAGCUUUUCGCAUCGCUCUCUGUGGAUAAGAGCUUAAAAGUCGAAUUCUCCGGCUUGAAGGUCGGCGCCCGGGGCGACGGGCAGAAAGACCUCUACGGGGACAUCACCCUGAAGUACACAGACAAGGACAGCGUGAUACAGCAGGGCAUAUGCAUUGCUUUUAGGCCCGGACACCUUACGGUUACUUUGUGCGCGUGGACUUUUCUUUCUUCUGCGAGUGGUAGAAAGGAGGCCUUCUUUGCGGUGGACGGCUGUUCAGAGCCCAAGACCUUUGCCGAGUGUCUGUUUGCCGGCUACGCGGACGCAUGGAGGGCCAGAGGCACGAACCUGCAAGAAGAAGACAAGCUUUCCGAAUACAUACGGGAGCCCACAACCUCACUGGUUUCCCCCGGGGCCUCGGCGCACCCAAACCAGCUUUUCUUGCUCGGGAGCGCCUUGAGAAGCAAACAGAUAAAAGAUAUCGCCGAGCACUUCAUCCUGCAUGCAGCAGCAAAAGGCAUCGAGCUCGCCCAGGAGCAUCUGGGCGUGCGCCUCCUUUCGAACCUGCUCGGCAGCCUUCCGCUGGAUGACCAUGCAACGCAAAUGGAUGGGAUGCAGCACAUAGUCUCUCUGAGCUUGCUGGGCAAGCUAUUUCCAAGAAUCGCCCUGUCAAAGACAAGAACUUCUAUAAUCUAUAAAAACACAUCCGCUAUCACCAAAAUAGGGAGAUACACCGGAGACAACUGCACGCCCGCAGCAAACGCCAUCUUAAAAUACUUUAGAGAGUACAAAGAGCAGGUGCGCGUGCCUCUUUUCCGGUUCUACGCUUUGGAAAACUUUCCUAUCAUCUCUAGAAUGUUUCCCAUUUUGCUUGCAGACAAGUCAACGCGCUACACAGACGAAAUUGGCGCGCUUAUUAUAGAUGUGAAGGAGAAAGACCGGGAGAAGGCACUGGAUGCCAAGGCGCUCUUUGACCUUCUCCUGUUCCUCGCCAGCUUGAAACACAAUGGCACCCCGCCCGAGCUGGUGCUUGCUCUGGGCAGCAGGCUUGAGCCAAGGUCGAUCCAGGCAUGCAAAAAAGCCAAAUGCAUGACUCUUGUCAGCAGACAAACAGCCCCUGCGAUUCUGGAGGGUCUGAACGCCCACCAGAGCGCCCUGCAGAAGACGUCCAGCGGAGCAGAGAUGUUCAGAGACGUGGUGGACAUACUCCAGUCCAAAAUAGACUAG